AUGACGACCGAAGCGCAAGCUGCUGCGAGCAAUGCCUCGAGUGGCGAUACUGUUGCUUCUCAUGACUUCACUGAAAAGGCCUUGGAGGCUCCGCAAAACCAAAACCAAAACCACAACCAGCAGGGGAAUGAUGUGGAGACGAAAGUCGAAUCAGAAUCGGCCGAUCAAGCCGAUACCUCUUCACCGUCUGAUGAGGCGCCCAUAGAGAAUAAGGAAUCCGGUGCACCUCUCGACCUGGUGCCUUCAUCUGCGCAGAAAAUGGGAAAGAAGAAGAUUGCCUUGGUUAUGGUGGCGCUUUGUAUGGCUUUGUUUCUUGCGGCUUUGGAUAUGACUAUCAUUUCAACCGCGUUGGUUACGAUUGCAGACAAGUUCCAUGCGACUGAAAGUGGAUACUCAUGGAUCGCCGCGUCCUAUCUCCUCGCCAAUGCCGCCUGUAUUCCCUUGUGGGGAAAGAUAUCUGACAUUUGGGGUCGCAAGCCGAUCAUUCUUCUGGCCAACGUCUUGUUCCUGAUCGGCAGUUUGAUUUGCGCCUUGGCGAAGAACUUGCCUAUGAUCAUUGCCGGUCGUGCGGUCCAGGGUAUUGGCGGUGGUGGAAUUAUCAUUCUUGCUAAUAUCAGUGUUUCCGAUCUGUUUAGCAUGCGUGACCGGCCUAUGUACUAUGGCAUUUUCGGUGCUACGUGGGCUGUUGCGGGUGCGUUGGGUCCUAUUGUUGGUGGUGCGUUCACAACGGAUGUUACCUGGCGUUGGUGCUUUUAUUUGAACUUGCCCAUCGGUGGUGUCUCUCUCGUCAUUUUGUUCUUCUUCCUCCAUAUUGAAUCCCCCAAGACCCCUCUCCUGGCUGGCCUGCGCACCAUCGACUGGAUUGGAACUUUUGGAAUUAUUGGAGGUACUCUCAUGUUCCUUUUCGGUCUAGAAUUCGGUGGUGUCAACUACCCAUGGGCCUCUGCCACCGUCAUCUGCCUGAUCGUCUUCGGAAUUGUGGUUUGGGUGUUGGCUUUCCUGGCCGAGUGGAAGAUUGCCAAGUACCCCAUCAUCCCAACUCGCCUCUUUGGCGAAUGGUAUAACGUCCUGAUUCUUUUGGUCUGUUUCUGCCAUGGUUUCGUCUUCAUUGCCGGUACCUACUAUCUUCCGCUAUAUUUCCAAACCGUCCUCUUGGCAACCCCCAUUCUGAGUGGUGUUUACGUCCUUCCCCUGGUUCUCGCACUCUCGCUCGGCUCCGCAGCAACUGGUAUCCUCAUGAAAAAGACCGGUCGCUAUCGCGAGGUCAUCUCGGCAGGUCUCUUUUUCAUGACAAUCGGCUUCGGUCUAUUUAUUGAUCUCCCACCUUACGCCUCCUGGGCUCGCAUUGUCAUCUUCCAGCUCAUCGCCGGUCUCGGCAUUGGACCUAACUUCCAGGCUCCGCUAGUUGCAUUCCAAGCCAACGUCCGCCCCGCCGAUAUGGCUAUCGCAACCGCCACCUUCGGCUUCGUUCGCCAACUCUCCACCUCCACCUCUGUCGUCCUCGGCACGGUCGUCUACCAGAAUAUAAUGGGCCAGCAAUCCGCCAAGCUCAUCGCUGCUGUCGGACCCGAAAAAGCCGCAACAAUUUCCUCCUCCUUCUCUGGCUCUUCCCGGUCUCUCAUUGAAAGUCUCACUGAUUCCCAGCGCGAGGUCGUGCUUGGAGCGUUCACCCUUGCUCUAAGCCGGAUGUGGAUUCUAUAUACUGUCGUUGGGGGUGUCGGCUUUAUCCUCUCCUUAUUUAUUCGCCCUAAGGUGCUCAGCAAGUCGCACACUAUCCAAAAGACCGGUCUUGAACAGCAGGAGCUCAAUCGACAGGAUUUGAUCGAUGCGCAUCGUAAGGCUCAGGGGAAGUCUGAGGAAGAGGCAUAG